AUGUCUACGGCAACUUCAAAAGAGUUGACUCCUAAUGCAGAAGCAGCAGAACCGAACAAACCACCGAAUUAUAAACGUUUAACAGAUGAUGACCUCUUUAGGCAUUCAUCACAAUAUAGAUUUUGGUCCUUCACACCCGAACAAUUGACCCAGAAGAGAAUCCAGGUUAAUGCUCAAGCAACCAGCUCUGUAGGAGAGAGUUUGAGAAACUUCAUAUCAGAGAAUCAAGCAAAUUUAGCUGAGGAAGAUAUUAAAAGCAUUGAAGAGAAAGCUGUACCUGUUACAAUGGAAGAGGAAAUAAAGUUAGUAAGUAUUUAUGCCAAAAAAUUACAAGGUAUUGCACAACAUUUAAACUUACCAACAGAGGUAGUUGGAACUUCUAUUACAUUUUUCCGAAGGUUCUAUUUAGAGAAUUCAGUCUUACAAAUGCAUCCUAAGUUAAUUGUACUCACCACUAUUUUUUUGGCUUGUAAAUCAGAAAAUUACUUUAUUGGAAUUGAUUCAUUCUCUCAAAAAACUAAAAGACCCAAGGACUCUAUCUUGAAGUACGAGUUUCAACUUCUAGAAAGUUUAAGAUUUUCAUUACUGGUACAUCAUCCUUUUAAACCUCUGCAUGGAUUUUUCCUAGAUAUUCAAGCUGUAUUACAUGGUAAAGUGGAUUUGAAAUACAUGGGCCAAAUCUAUGAUAAAUGCAAAAAGACAAUAACUGAAGCACUAUUAACAGACGUUGUUUACUUUUACACACCACCACAAAUAACACUUGCUGCUUUGCUCUUAGAAGACGAAGCUCUUACGACAAGAUACCUGGAAUUGAAGUUUCACGGAAAUUUUCAAGCUGCUUCAGAUAGCACAAACCAAGAGAGUAAUGAAGUUAUCUCGAAAAGUAAUUUAACAAUAAAUUUUGAUGUCCUGAUGAAUCUAAUUACAUCUUGUAAACAACAAAUAGAAAAACCAACUACAGUAUCUGUAGAAGAAGCGAUAGCCAUUGAUGCCAAAGUACAAUUCUGCAGUGACCCAAACAAACUACUGAGAAAGUUGAAAAGGCGACCAACUGAUAGCUCACUGACGCAAUUCCCCACCGAUAAGAGACCAAAAGUUAGCGAUUGA